AGUUAUCUAGAAGAUUUCGUCACAAAAACACGCCAAAUACUAAAAGAAAGAUUAACAGAUCGUUCAGUGCCUGAUGUACUUGUAGGCUUAGAUGAGCAAUAUACAGAAUUGCUAAACUAUAUGAGCCGAACUGUAUCUUUGGGUGAAAGUAACACUUGUAUACUUAUUGGACCAUCUGGCUGUGGGAAAACUGCGUUGGUUAAAAAAACUGUACAAGGCCUAAAUGAUACGUACAAUGAUGAUUUUUAUUGCGUGAAUCUGAACGGAUUAUUACAUACUUCCGAUCAAUUUGUACGUUAUCAAAUUGGUUCACAACUCGGACAGCAAAUUAAGGGAUUUCGAUCAGAUGGAGACGUGUUUAAUCUUUUGAAAUCUGGAUCUAAUAAUACCAAACCUAUAUUUAUAAUAAUCUAUAAUUUUGACGCAUUUGUGAAAAAUUGCAGUCAACCAUUUGUUUAUAAUAUAUUUAAUAUUGCAACAAGCAAAAAUUGUCCAAUUUCAGUAAUUGGAAUUACACGAAAGGCGAGUGUAUUCAACGAGCUUGCUCAAAACAUCCUAUCUCGAAAUUCUUAUUGUCAUAUUGACAUAGAUAGACCUUGCAAUAUUGAAAGUUUUAUUGAAAUUGUUAAAAAUUGUUUGAUGAUAAAUGAGACAAUAGUUGAUGACGCAGAAUAUUGUCAGACUUUCAAUGAAAAAAUAGAAGAAUUAUUCGAUGAUGAAUCUUUCUAUAAUCUCAUAACUCAAACAUUUAAUUUUUCAACAGACUUUAUUAGGAACUUUUUUAAAAUAUGUUUUGAUGCGGUCUGCAAAUUGACGGUCGAUUCCCCAUUUCUUUUACCGGAAGAUUUUUCAAUAUCAACUUUGCAAAAUUGUGGAAACAUGGAUACUAUUUUAAAAGGACUUACGCAAAAUCAAUUAUGGUUAUUACUUGCCAUCAAUUCAUUAGAUAUUCGUUUCCAAACAAAAACUUUUAAUUUUACAAUGGUUUAUGAAGAGUACAAGAAUUAUAUGAAAAGUUACGCGAGAGAAUCAGGUGGUACAUAUAAAAUGAAGAUAUGUAAAGAACACAUUGCACUUGCUGAAUUUGAGUUCUUGGAGUCGCGUAAAAUUUUACAAUGUGUCGAUGAAAAUAAAUUUCAACAAAAGCAAUAUAGAAUGAUGAGAUUAUUGUUGUUGCCAGAACAAAUUAUAAAUGCUAUUGAAAAUAAUGAAAAAUGUUCGAUAAUGAUGAAGGAAUGGGUGAAUCGCGUUUUUACAUUAUAA